CCAAUAAUUCCGGAACAUCUCUUACGUUUAUCUCAUCCGAACGUGAGCGAUUUUCUAUUCCAUAAAGAUGUGGGAUCUGAGGAAAAAAGAUACAAACGCGAGGAUUACGAUUCUUAUCCGCUUUCAUGGGAUGAUAAUUCUUGGGAAAUACCGUUUGAUGAUCAGAACACAGAUAUUGACUGGUCUAAUAGUCCAUUAAAUCCAAUCAAACAAUUAACUACGAAGAAAAUUUUGCGGCAAAAAGGAUCGAAUCAAAGAAAAAAUAAAUAUACAAAAUCCACAUCAACGAUAACGACAACGCCAACGCCAACGCCAAUUAGUGACAGUGAAAAAAAAGAAGCGACUGAACAAACACGUCACGACACUCUCACUGAAGAAAAUGUUCAAGUUGGUUUGAUGUUCGGCUCAAAAGCUCUUGUCCAACUCAUAGUAAAUCCGUGGAUUGGUCCACUCACAAAUAGAAUUGGUUAUACAAUUCCUAUGUUUACUGGUUUUUGCAUAAUGUUUCUUUCAACUUUAUUAUUUGCAUUCGGAAAUUCAUUCGGCGUAUUAUGGUUGGCCAGAGCAUUACAAGGUGUUGGAUCCGCUUGUACCAGUACAUCAGGAAUGGGAAUGCUUGCACAAGCUUAUCCGGAUGAUGCGGAGCGCGGAAGUGCUAUGGGUAUUGCGUUGGGUGGACUUGCUCUAGGAGUUCUUAUUGGACCACCUUAUGGCGGCAUACUUUAUCAAUAUAGCGGAAAAGAACUGCCUUUUCUCCUACUAGCAUUUGUUGCUCUUUUUGAUGGAUCACUUCAAUUUCUAAUUCUUCAACCUCACGUUGAUCGAGGUGAACCUGAAGGAAAAGCCCUCAAACAGCUGAUUAGUGAUCCAUAUAUUGUAAUUGCUGCAGAACCAUCAUUGCCAUUGUGGAUGAUGGACAGCUGGCAUGCUAGUUCAUUUGAGCGUGGAGCUGCUUUUCUACCAGCAAGUGUAUCUUAUCUUCUUGGAACAAAUAUUUUUGGACCACUUGCACAUAAAAUUGGACGGUGGCUAAGUGGUUUCAUUGGACUCAUAAUUAUUGGAAUCUGUUUAAUCAUGAUUCCACUCGCUCGAGAUGUUUAUGGGCUAAUCGCACCUAAUUUUUUUAUGGGAUUUUCUAUAGGAAUGAUUGAUGCAUCGAUGUUUCCAUUGAUGGGCCAUUUGGUUGAUUUAAGACAUGUCGGCGUUUACGGAUCGAUUUAUGCGAUCGCUGAUGCUGCAUUCUGUUUCGCAUUUGCUUUAGGACCAUUUUUCUCUGGUCCACUUGUUCGAAUUUUUGGAUUUGCAACCAUGUUGCGUAUUAUCGCUGUGAUUAAUUUCGUAUAUGCACCAUUUAUGUAUUUAUUAAAAAAUCCACCAGCAACAAAUAUAAUUCAGGAACAAAUGACGACGAAAUUCAUCGAAAUAUUAAGAAAAUAUAAAAAUAACCGAAAAAUACUAUUGUUAAUCGUUUAUAUAGCUUUAUUCCUUGAUAAUAUGCUUCUCACAACAGUAAUUCCAGUAAUUCCAAAAUAUCUUUUGCAUAUUUCUCAUUCGAAUAUAAGCGACAUUUUCUUAAGCGAGAAACUUUCAUUAUAUUCCGAAAUGAAAGAGAAGCAUUCGUUGGACGAUUCGGUAGAAAUACUACUCAAUAAUUCGAAUGAAGGCAUACAAAUGAAUCAAAAGAAAAAAAUUUUCUAUAGGCCAAUUAUUAACAAAAGCCAAGAAAUUAUUAACGAGCAACUUCAAGAAUGGCACGAAAUCUUCGUCGAAGCAAAUAGUAAAAUGGGAUUUAUGUUUGGUUCGAAAGCUCUUGUUCAAAUUUUGGUGAAUCCCUUGAUUGGUCCGCUUACAAAUCGGAUUGGAUAUACAGUUCCUAUGUUUACUGGUUUUUGUAUAAUGUUUCUUUCAACCUUAAUAUUUACAUUCGGUGAAUCAAUUGUUAUAUUAUGGUUUGCGAGAGCAUUACAAGGUGUUGGAUCCGCUUGCACCAGUAUAUCAGGAAUGGGAAUGCUUGCACAAGCUUAUCCAGAUGAUGCAGAACGUGGUAGCGCGAUGGGCAUUGCGCUAGGUGGACUAGCGCUAGGAGUUCUCGUUGGACCACCAUACGGUGGCCUACUCUAUCAAUUGAGUGGAAAAAAGCUUCCUUUUCUCCUUCUAGCUCUUCUUGCUCUUAUUGAUGGAAAGUUAAACCUUUCCAAGUCUCCUAAUCCGCUUGCUGUUAGAUGGAAAAAAAUAUUUAUAUGUGCUAUCACUAUUGGGAAUCUUGGCAUUGCGAUGCUAGAAGCAACAUUACCUCUAUGGAUGAUGUACAGCUGGCGGGCUAAUUCAUUUGAACAAGGUGCUGCUUUCCUACCAACAAGCAUAUCUUAUCUACUCGGUACAAAUAUUUUUGGACCACUCGCGUAUAAAAUUGGACGGUGGCUAAGUAGUUUCAUUGGACUAGCAAUUACUGGAAUCUGUUUGAUCGUGAUUCCAUCCGUUAGCAACAUUUUUGAAUUAAUCGCGCCCAAUUCACUCAUAGGUUUAUCGAUAGGAAUGAUUGAUGCAUCUAUGUUUCCACUUAUGGGUUAUUUAGUCGAUAUAAGACAUAUUGGCGUGUAUGGUUCGAUAUACGCAAUUGCUGACACUGCAGUUUGUUUUGCAUAUAUUUUAGGACCAUUUUCUUCCGGUCCACUUCUUCGACUUUUCGAAUUUUCAACUAUGCUAUAUAUUUUUGCUGCGAUUUAUUUCAUAUAUGCACCGUUAAUGUUUUUAUUACGGAAUCCAACUUCUUCAAUGAAUGCAUUGCUAUAG